UAUAGAAAUUAAUUUGAUAUGUAUUAAAAAACAGUUAUUUUGCUUCUUUUCUUAAUUUAUCCUAAAACACCGAUUCCUUCUCUACGACUCCAUCAAUUGAGCUGCCUUUAUAUUCUCAUCUUCUCUCAAAAAACUCCGAAAGGCAUGCACAUAAAAAAUAAAAAAUAAAAAAAAUUACAUAUAGCAGGUGCAUCUGAGUUUGUGUGUCUCCGAGAGAGAGAAUGGAGGACAAAAGGACCCAUGAAUUGCCUGAAUUAUAUGCACCGAAUGGAGGAGAGGGGCCUUAUAGCUAUUCUCAAAACUCCAAUUAUCAGAGAGGAGUUGUGGAAGCUGCCAAAGAAAAAAUCAACGAGGCUAUAGCCAAUCACUUUGACAUCCAGACCUUUUGUGGUUCUAAAAACCCAGUUUGUAUAGUAGAUUUGGGUUGUUCUACAGGAGCCAAUACCUUCAUUACAGUGCAAAGCAUAGUAGAGGCUAUAAAACUCAAAUGCAAAUCAAAAGGAGUAAAUGCUCAAAUCCCAGACUUUCUAGUGUUCUUUAAUGACAAUGUCGCCAAUGAUUUCAAUACUCUGUUCAAGUCCCUCCCUCCCAAUAGGCAAUACUUUGCAGCUGGGGUACCGGGUUCUUUCCAUGGUUGCCUGUUUCCCAAGGGAUCUCUGCAUUUGAUUCACUCCUCUUGUGCGCUAAACUGGCUCUCCAAGAUUCCCAUUGAGGUUAUGGAUGAAAGUUCUCCUGCAUGGAAUAAAGGGAAGAUUCACUACACAAAUGCAACAAAGGAAGUUGUGGAGGCUUAUGAAACUCAAUUUGCCAAGGACAUGGAGUCCUUCCUGUUUUCUAGAGCACAAGAGCUUGUGGUUGGAGGGUUACUAGUACUCUUUGUACCUGCCGUCCCUGAUGUCAUGAGCAAUUCUGACACAUUUACUGGUUCAGAGCUAGACGUUCUAGGAUCUUGCCUAAUGGAUUUGGCCAAAGUGGGAUUAGUCGAGGAAGCAAAAGUGGAUUCUUUUAAUGUGCCAGCUUAUUACACCCCCCCUAAGAAGUUGAAGGCAUUGAUAGAAAGAAAUGGAAAUUUCAGCAUUAAGAGAAUGGAAGUAUUGAAUAACCAGAAGAAGCAUCUUAUCUUGCAAAGCGCCUCACUGCGUUCCUUAUACUUGAGAGCCGUAUUGGAAGGAAUAAUUGAAAAACAUUUUGGAAAUGAGAUCCUGGAUGAGUUGUUUAAUCGCUUUACUCACAAAGUUGAAGGAUCCUCAUUUUUCUUAAAUCCAGAAACUGAUAAAUUAAUCAUAUUGUUUGUCCUUCUUGAACGCAACAAUUAGAUUUCAUUGUUAUUACAGCCAAAUAAAUCUUAUCAUUUGUUAUUCCAGCCUU